UGUAAUGCUCUUGAUGCCAUGCAAGCCAAAGUUCUUAAGGCACAGAGACAACAGAACAAGCUUUACUGUACGAUGUCCUUGCGUGGGAGCCGUUGAAAGGUUUUGAGCAAGCUCCAGAAACUUGACUGUAACCUCAAAAGAGACCCUGAGCCAGACCGCCAACCUGAAACUGUAAGAAAACUGGCUGGAGUUAGGAGAAUGAGCAGUUGGCUUUUGGAAAGAGGUCCCAGCAUCAAUGUGAUUCUAUGAUAGAAGCGAGAAUUCCAAGCAGGAUGAGAACAGAGUUUAUUGGAAGUCUGUCCUGGAACGUACCCUCCUUCUCAGGAACAGGCAGAGUGAGGAGGAGAAAGGAGCUGGAGAACGCCACCCAAAAUGAAGAGAGAAAGGGGAGCCCUGUCCAGAGCUUCCAGAGCCCUACGCCUCACUCCAUUUGUCUACCUUCUCCUGCUCCAGACAGAACCUCUGGAGGGUGUGAACAUCACCAGCCCAGUGCACCUGAUUCAUGGCACUGUGGGGAAGUCGGCCCUGUUCUCUGUGCAGUAUAGCAGCACCAGCAGCGAUAAGCCAGUAGUGAAGUGGCAGCUGAAGCGGGACAAGCCAGUGACCGUGGUGCAGUCCAUCGGCACGGAGGUCAUUGGCACCCUGAGGCCUGAUUAUCGAGAUCGUAUCCAGCUCUUUGAAAAUGGCUCCCUGCUUCUCAGUGACCUGCAGCUGGCUGAUGAGGGCACCUAUGAGGUCGAGAUCUCCAUCACCGCUGACACUUUCACGGGAGAGAAGACCAUCAAUCUCACUGUGGAUGUGCCCAUUUCGAGGCCGCAGGUGCUAGUGGCUUCCACCACUGUUCUGGAGCUCAGCGAGGCCUUCACCCUGAACUGCUCCCAUGAGAAUGGCACCAAGCCCAGCUACACCUGGCUGAAGGAUGGCAAGCCCCUCCUCAAUGACUCUCGAAUGCUCCUGUCCUCCAAUCAAAAGGUGCUCACCAUCACCCGUGUGCUCAUGGAGGAUGACGACCUAUACAGCUGUGUGGUGGAGAAUCCCAUCAGCCAGGGCCGCAGCCUGCCCAUCAAGAUCACCGUGUACAGAAGAAGCUCUCUUUACAUCAUCUUGUCUACAGGAGGCAUCUUCCUCCUUGUGACCUUGGUGACAGUCUGUGCCUGCUGGAAACCCUCCAAAAAGUCGAGGAAGCAGAGGAAGUUGGAGAAGCAAAGCUCCCUGGAAUACAUGGAUCAGAAUGACGACCGCCUGAAACCAGAAGGUGAGCUCCCAGCCACCCACUCACCCAUGCCAUCGCCACUCAGAUCAGUGGGAUGCUGGGAAAAGGCAGAAAUGGGCAACAAGGAGACCAGCUCUGCAGGCCCCCUUCCUCCACCAACUGCACGAAGACUGCAGAGCAGGGAAAGGUGCCGCCCAGCAGACACCCUCCCGAGAAGUGGAGAACAGGAGCGCAAGAACCCCAUGGCACUCUACAUCUUGAAGGACAAGGACUCGCCAGAGUCGGAGGAGAACCCCGUCCCGGAGCCUCGGAGCGCGACAGAACCCGGCCCUCCUGGCUACACCGUGUCGCCCGGAGUGCCCGGCCGCUCGCCGGGGCUGCCCAUCCGCUCCGCCCGCCGCUACCCGCGCUCCCCAGCGCGUUCCCCCGCCACCGGCCGGACGCACACGUCGCCGCCCAGGGCCCCGAGUUCGCCCGGCCGCUCGCGCAGCGCCUCGCGCACGCUGCGGACUGCGGGGGUGCACAUGAUCCGCGAGCAGGAGGAGGCCGGCCCGGUGGAGAUCAGCGCCUGAGCCGCCCCGGGACCCCCAGAGAGGCGCCGGCGCUCUACGCCCCCGGCAGCCUAGGGGACGCCCGGGAGCUGGCGCGGUGCGAGCUGGGCGAGGGGAGCCCCGCGGGGCGCCGGGGUCUGGGAGGACGCGCGUAGGUGUGCGUAGAAGCGGGGUUGCAGCGGGGGCGGCGGAGUGUGGAUCUAUUGGUGAACCGGGUCGUGUGUGUUCUCAGCAAGUACGGGUUGUGCCCUCUUAGGACCGCAUAGAUUAUUAAAUUUCCAUCCCAAUCCCCAAAAGGGUUUUUAUGGAAACUAACAUCAGUAACUUCACUCCCAGUGACUUUCCUGUGCUCUUCCUAGGGAGCACUUCUAUUUCCCACCCACUGUUCUUCCCUCCCAACCAAUGUCUGAGUCCUGGAGCACAUUUUAGACAAACCCAGAUUAGGGAGGCCACUUUCUCAAAAUGCACGACUUAAACUAAGAUGUCACAUACCGGUCACUGGGUGCACAGGGGCUACUCUGAGCACCCAGAGAUCACCGUAAAGAUAGUGCAUCUUGCUUGGGUACCUACUACCUGGGUAAUGGAGGAGCAUAAACACAUCCCUUUGCCCCUGACCUGGGCCCUAGCAAGGGCAAAAGACUGCAGCCUGCUGUGCUGUGCUUGGCCUCCUCCUGAAGCCUCCCGUGUCAAGCAUUCCUUCCGUUUCUGUUCUUGAAUAGAAGACAGGGAUGGGCUUGUUUCUAUACAGAAGUGGAUUCCCACUCCGUCCUCUGGCCCAGAUCAAGUAAGAAACUGUUUUUAAGCCGCCUGAGCCAGAACGAGACUUCGUCUCUAAAAAUAGCCAGGCAUUGUG